AGCUCGAAUUAAAGCUCCCCAAUAACUGUAUCGUUAGUAUUGUGUAGUACGCGACAUCGUUCGGUCGAAUUCAGUGGAUUCGCUCCCGGGGGCUGUAGUGUCGAUCGCGCGCGUGGCGUUUUUUUGUGGACUCAUUGCUCUCAUAAUCCCACUGUCACUACACUGGGUCUUGUGGCUAGUGGUGGAUAGCAGCAAGCGGGAGACACUAGCAAAAAAAAAAACGGGAGGCUUGCACAAUAGCCGCAAGCUCUUCUCGGCAGGUCGUCGUGUUCGUUCGGAUCGGUGUGAUUUGCAUGUGUGUUUGUAUACGAAAAUAAAAAAAAGGUGAAUUCGAUAGAAUGGUUACAGCGGUUGCUAGUGGCAUUCCGGUUGUCAUAUGUUCCAGGGUUGUCGCUCCCCUCGCCCGCUGGGAUCGGGUUCCCUGCUGAUCCGACUGGAAAUUAUUAUCUCAUGCCGAAAUUGCACACACCGAAUGAGUGUUUUGUUUCUUGAGUGUGUGCCGCGAUUUAUCGAUGCUGAUUGAGGCUCACCUCAGGCAUCCGGUUAAGAAGAAAUAAGAACAGGAAGAAAAGUAAGGAAACGAAACGAAAGUGUCUGGCUUUGACCAAGUUUGACCAAGGGCUUUGACCCAAUCAAGCUCAGUCGGAAGGUGAUUAUUAGACGAGAAAAAAAAAGAAUAACACCGGAUACCGGACCGGAUCGAAGUGACGUGAAUAUUGAAAAGAAAUCUCGGGAUCGAUCCCCAUUUGAAGUGGAAGCUAUAUUGCCAGAGUAACCGGAUGUGGUUCGGUGAAAAUCUGCCAAAUUCAUCGCAAAAUACUCCGCAUUUGUCGCUGGCGGUAACCGGUGUCGUGUAGGCGGAAGGCUCGUGUGGGUGUAGUGUGUCAGUGGUACGGCGAGGGAGGACAGACAGACAAGCGAAAACAGAAGAAUAUACGGCCAGCGUGAGAAGUACUUAGAGCAGCUGAGAAUAAGUAUCGCUUUUGGAGAGUGAGAGCGUGUUUAUCGGGAGAACAUUGCCGGAGCAAACUGUUCAUGUCUCCAGUGAAGAGAGAUUUGCGAUUUUGUAUGGCUUCAAGCCAGAGUGGAAUGUAAGCAGUUUUGUGAAACAGAUAAGCUGAGCUGCAAAAAUAUCGAAAUCGCGUUAAUCACAUAUUCCAGCUUUGGUGAAUCGAUAGCGAGUGCGGUGGGCUGCCAAAAAUAGAAGCUAGACCAGCUUAGAAAAGUAACACACACACCAAAACAAAAAAAAACCCGUUGUCUCGUUUAUCACUCCUAUGCAGAUGAGUUUGAGUCGGUUGAAACGAGUAAAUACAGUUGUUUUGAGUCCCAAAUUCCAGCCCGUUUGAACAUAUGUUUUAGUGAUCAGUUGUUGUUUGGUGCCCCGAACUCUCGAUCUACGGCCACUUUAUUGUUUUUGUUUUGCUUCUCCAUUCAGUCCCGGAUCCGGAUUCGCGGUUGACGCCGUGCAUGCCGAACACAUGGUUCAAGCCAACAGGCACCAGCCUAAGGUCUGUGUUACGAAAUUUCGCAGUUUACGUUCGUGAAUGAGAUGUGAAGCAAGGGAAAAAUUGUUUUCGGAUCAAAACAAAUGGUAGCGAAGUGCUAGCGUAAAAGGAAAACAACCAAACAACAGCGAUUAAAAAGCAGAGAUCUUACAGCGAAAUUGUGUGUAAACAGUGCCAAUUGAAGCGGUUGCGAAAAUAAACACCGCCGGAGAGCAGCGUGUAGCUGAAGAAAAAGAAAAAGCAAAACAAAAAAAAAACGAAACAACGAAGGUAAAAAGCAAAUUAACGAGUGAUCAAACGAGGGAAAUUGAUCUCGAUGUGAAGUGUGCGUGUAUGUGCUGUGUCGGUUCGUGCGGUUUGCUGCAAAUCCGAAAGGUUUCGUUGGUCGCGCAGACACAGCAGCAGCAGCAGCAGGCGUGUUAGAAAAAUUGCGUGGCCUUCGGAAUCGGCGUCUCUGUAAAUCUAAGUUGGCUGAGACAGAGAGAGAGAGAGAGAUAACUUUUAACCAGUGCGGUAUCCGAAAAUGGAUUAAUUUGGCUCAAGUGUGCUGCGGUUUUUCGUGGUUUCGCGGCGGCAAGGAAACAUUCGCAAUCGGCACCAGAGAUUCCAAACGUGGAUCACGUUUCCACGAACGCACUAUCCAGCGAAAAUUUAUGAACCCAAUUUAAUCUGCAGCUGAUCCGAUCGAACCCAGGCGGCAUCGCGGAGGAGUUGCUGCCCUGAGUCAAACGGGUUGGGUUUGUUUGUUCGUAGGACGUAGCGCCUACCUCCUACGGCGCCCAUCCAGUCCGUCAGUCACCCAUUAAGCUCUGCAAGCAACCGAACGGACGGACCAACCGACCCACAACAACAAGCCUACCUACAUCCCUCCUCCCGUUUCCGUGUUCUCGGAAGGAUCGUCCAGCCGAUCGGUCGGCCGUUGCGUGGUGAAGCGAAACGAAGGAGGGAUAAAAAAUAAUUGCUCUGCUGAAAGCGAGAACAACGUGAAAAUUGCACUAGGCUCGAGUGAAAAUAAAGUGGGAAACCAGUGGUGGCGACGGCGACAGACGGAAAAAGGUCCCAUAAAAUCAGCUCCAGCAGUCGCAAGUUCUCGCAACCGCAACAUCCGGAGCGGAUCGUUCGCUGGGUUGUUUUGGUUGGAAAGGGCGCCGAGAGUCACCUUUCUGUCCCGAAGGUAGGAAAUUAUUGGGCACAAAAAUUGUAUCAUUGGGUUAGAGAGCGAGAAAUGAACAUUAAUGGAAAUUGUUUCACUUUCGAACUGCUCCCGCCCAGCAGCUUGCGGAAAAUAUGUGUGUCACAGUUGUGUAAGUUUGCUUUUGAUAAAUCUGCCCCAUUGUCGUGUGUUGGUUUCGUUCCACCCAAAGUGUUAGAUAAUUCCGGGCACAAAAGCUGAAAGUGAAGAGCCUGGGAAAUUUUGGCCCAAAUGUUCAAGUGUAGUUGGACUCGGUUGCCGGCGACGGGAAGGUGAGAAAAAUAAAGAAAAAGCAGAAAUAAAAAUAGUGAAAACGACGACUAGUUAGUCGUAAUAGGUUGGAAAAAUUAAGUGCGCCUGAAUGCAAGUGAAUAGAAUCACGAUAGUAUGUGGUUUGCCAGUGGUCCCAAUCGGUGUGAAAACUUGGCGACAUAAUUGAUGCUGUCGCUCUGAGGAGGGGCUUUUUUUCCGGCGCACACAAAAAAAAACACAGCAGGCGGUUUCUUUGAAUUAGGUAAUUUUUUCUGCCAUGCAGUGACUAAUCAAAAUUCGCACCAACAUUAUUGCCACUGAGUGAGAAACGAUGCUUCUGCAGCCUGGGCCCACGCUCAGUGCUGAUCAAACACAGCAGCAUCAGCAACAACAACAACAACAACAACAACAACAACAACAACAGCAGCCUCAAAACUCGUCGAUCCUGCCGUCAAAUCAAGUGUCACAGUCAACACCGCCGUUGCUGCAGACGCAGCUUCCGGUGAAUCUCCUAUCCUGCCAGCAACCGUCGUCGCUCACAUCCUCGUCCAGUGCGUCAUCGACGCCGCCGAUUCAGGAUGUCAAUCGUUAUCUGGAAAUGGCCCAGGAGGUCCUCAAGGAGGGCUGGACGGUGCACACGGCCAAGGACGGCCGGCUGUACUAUUGCAACCACAUCACACGCACCGCAGGAUGGCUGCCGCCAAUCGAAAACUGGAUACAAACGAUCGACCUGCCGUACGGCUGGGAAAAAGCUGUCGACCUGAAAGGCCAACCAUACUACAUCAACCAUCUGAACAAAACGACCACCUACGAGGAACCGGAGCGGUAUCACUACAAUGACUCCCCGCCGGAACCGCGGCUGGUGGUGCUCCAUCGGAGUCCCACGCUGGGCUUCGGCUUCGUGGCGGGAAGCGAAAAACCUGUGAUUGUACGGUUUGUGACCGAGGGCGGACCUAGUGUAAAUAAGCUGGAACCCGGUGACCAAAUAUUAGCUGUAAACGGCGAGGACGUCAAGGACGCACCCCGCGACCAUGUGAUACAAUUAGUUAGAAAUUGUGAAAAUUCCGUAACGCUGCUGGUCUGCCAACCGCAGCUGUACAACGCCGUCGGUCGCAAGUCGACGCUGCUGUCCGCCGGCAAGAAGGCCAAACUGAAAUCACGCCCCAUCCGCGUGCGGUUCGCCGAGAGCGUGUGCGUUAAUGGGGCACCAUUGUUUCCGCCAUCAGCAUUCUCCCUGGGGGACCUGUGCGUUCCACCGAUGGCGAACGUGCUGAAAGUUUUCCUGGAAAACGGACAAACAAAAUCGUUCAAGUACGAUUCGACCACCACAGUUCAGGAUGUUGUUACAUCGCUACGUGAUAAACUAUGCCUAACCGCCAAAGAGCACUUCAGUCUAGUGCUGGAGCACGUGAAAAGUUUGAAACGAAACAAAUUGACCCUCUUGGAUCCACAGGAAACCGUAGCCCGGAUAGCAGCCCGCCCAGGAGCUCACAAGCUGCGGUGCCUAUUUCGGGUUACCUUCGUACCGAUAUCGGCUGCAGCACUGGCCCAGAAGGAUCUGAACGCGCUGGACUAUCUGUUUUUGCAGUGCUGCAACGACGUGACCCAGGAACGGUUCGCCCCGGAACUGCAACCGGAAGUGGCCCUUCGGUUGGCCGCACUUCACAUGCAUCAACAUGCACUCGCGAACAACAUUUCGCCCGCUAAAUUGACUGUGAAAACUGUAGAACGAGAGUUUGGACUGGAUCGCUUUGUGCCUGCCUCCUUGAUUGACGGUAUGAAACGCAAGGAGCUUCGACGCCUGCUCGGGCAUUUCCUAAAGUUGAACUCCCAGAUGACGGGUUCCUCGACGAAGAUGUUAACACAGUUACAGGCGAAAAUCCAUUAUCUGGAUAUAAUCUCCGGACUGCCGAGCUACGGAGCAAAGUGUUUCAGCACGAACCAGCGCGACGGAGUGGAACGAGUCCUGCUAGUUAGUCCUCGCUUCGGUCUGAGCCAGAUUGCCGGCGUGCGGAAUACGGUGCCACAACCGAUAUGCAACCUAGAAGAUCUGGUACGUGUCGUGGUGACACGAGAUGACGACGUAUCCAACACGGUAGCCGUGUUCAUCACCCCCGAUCGAGUGAUCAAUUUUUCGAUGGAGGACCGAGAUGCCUGCGAGUUUGCCAUCGUCCUCGCCGGAUACUAUCGACUUAUUGCGGGCAAAGAACUUCCGUUGGAACAGGAACGGGAAACCGUAGUGGAAGAAAUCGCACCUCCCUACCUGUCGCAACAUACCGUUGUCCACUCAUGCUGGAGUUAUCUUCCUUCGGAGAAGCAAACCCACAGUAUGGCGUUCCUGAUGCCACCGCCAUACCAUUCGACCAAAACGAUGUACCUUCCCUCGAAAUCGGACGAUUGCGACAGGAAUAUGAAUAAUACAUUAACGUCGAACAAGAAUCUCAAGCUACCCGGUAGUGACGAAUACGGUUUCGAGUUGCACAACCCUCGCGUUUCUAGGGAUGGGCUGGAUCGUGCGGGUGGAAUACUGAAAUCGGAAGCCCGGAACGAGGAGGUUCUCCGAAGGGUUGCCGAGAUGCACAAGAUGGUGGAGAGUUCCGAGCGGUAUCUGAAUGAACACGGCGAGUACUGCCAUGAGUUCGACGUACGGCCUGGUAAAUUGAAUCUGUGGCGAGAGACGUCCGUCGACGUGGAAAGUGACUGUGAGAGCUUAAACAGUAGUAAGCAAUCUUCGAAUGAAGAUGCACCGGGAGUGUUGAAGCAUAGCGAUUCGCUCACUUUACUCACGGAGACCAUCAACCAAGGGUUGGACGGCAUUGCCAAGGGAUUGAACUCAAUAUACACUGCCCCGUUCAGCGAAGUAAACGGGCAAUUGGAGAACAACUCGGCCCAGAACACUCCCAAGAGCCAACGGAAAGUUCAAGGGCUGAGCCAAAUUCUCAGUGAUUUGCAAGCUUUGGGCAAUGAUUUGUCUCAGAGUGAAAGUGACUCCGAAUCGUUAUACACUCCGAACAGUUCUCCCAUUCAUAAAAACUCUAACCAAAUGCCUCAAACUAGCCUAAGGAACAAGACUUUACGUACGAGCUUCGGAUUGCAUAGUCCAGAUAGCUCGAUUCUUGGUUGUGAUACAAAAGAUAUGAACUUGAAAGAGUAUCUCCGUCAACUGAAGGAAGCAAGCAGCAGUGACAAUUUGGAGAAUACCGAUCUAGCAGCGAAGAAGAUAGCCGAAUUGUAUGGUUACGAGAUAGGCGAUGAUACCAUCAUCGAAACUGAUCCCGAUAUAAUUGACCUACGAUCGAUACCGCCUCCGCAAACCCCAGAUGAGCUGGACAACCUGAAUGUACUGAACAUUCCUCCGACGGGAUUUGAUGACGGAACGAACUCAGCCGCCGGUUCCAAGCAAGAAACCGAAACGUCUAAUGUGGAUAGCGUUGUCGGAGAUCUGGAGGAGUUUUUGAAAAAGGUAACGAUAGAACCCCCAACUAAAAAGAUUACUCCAGCUGUAGAACUGACCCCCGAGGAAAUUUUGUCGUAUAUCAUUCCCCCUCCACCGGGACUAGCCGACAGUGACCCAGGCACGAAAAAACCCGCACCACUUGCACUGAAAAAAGAUGUUCCCAGCCUCCAUAGUCCAGCUCUGAACAAUGGUGACAACGCCAAGAACCACAACCAUAUCGCACCGAGCGAGCCGCCAGUACCAAAACCUAGAGUCAAUACCGAAACGAACUCCAUCAAUUUACUGGCCAAAUAUGACAAGUCCAGAUUCGAGGUGUACUAUCCACCAGAGAUGAGGGAGCAACGAAGUACCGACUACGAUCUCUACAGCAAUUCGGAAGCAGCCAACGCAAACGUCACAACUGCAACCGAGAAAACCAACGGUCAUGUGAUCGAAUAUCCGACGGUGGAUCGGAAAGGCCCAUUUUCAUGCUGUGCAAAAUUGAAAAAAGAUAAAUCUGAAGAGCCUACCGGAGGUCAGGUUUCCAAUGGUAUUAAAAUCUUUGAAGCCAAAGCUGGUGAGUUGGCACUUCCUCCGAAGCGAUGUCCUCACACAUCAGAAGUUAGUGCUCCGGAAAGACCGCCCAAAAGCGUAGAACUGCAGCUGAAACUCAACUCGCCGAUUCGUUCUCCAAACUCUCCCAACUAUGCCAAAACGAACGGUAACCAUGGCAGUUACUAUGAAAUGGAUCCGCCUUCACUACCUCCCCGUUUCGAGAAGCAAUCAGUCUCUCCUCCACCGGUCAACCUCUCUACGUUACCGCCAAAAAAGCCCCCCCUUCCACCAGUUCCGUUGAAGCCAUGUAUUCGUAGUCCCGUUCCGAUCCUGAAGAACCCUAUGACGUACACACUAUCAAACUCUGCUAACAAUUCUCCGGUUAGAACGGCCGGUAUUGGUUCGCCUCAUUUACACCGUAAUCCAAACUGUUAUAGGGAAAUUGAACGAGCGUUCAACAGGGACGAUCUGACCGACAAACCUCUACAGUCACUGUCACCGACGCCCACGAAUCGUCAAAACGGUCACUUUCGGUCACACAGUGACUGCCCGCCAGUCUGCAUGAAAAACCCCUCGACAGAAAACAGACCACAGCUGUCGCUGCUGUGCUCACCUCAGAUGACCCGCAAAACGAACCUCAGUAACCCGAGCAGUCCCAUUCUGUCCAAUCGGAAUGGUCACGUACUAAACGUCGACACACUGAUGGCAAAAACCGAUGUUGCCAUGGCUGGUCUGUUGGUGAAGCUGGACCAAGUGGCAGCCAUGUGCUCUGCCGCCCAAACGGCCGGCGGCGGCACCAGCAUCGACGAAGAGAAAUUCCAGCUGGCCAAGGACGAACUGACCGACCAGUCACUUCAUUUGGUAACUGCAUCCAAACAUCUGGUGGUAUCGAUGUCCGAUGCAAACCUGACCAAUCUACCGGAGCAUCUGACAGCGUGCCUAUCGGCUCUACGAAGAAUCACCGAGUUGGCCCAGGACCUGACCCGGUAUACUUCGGCACCGCUGCAAACGAGAAACAUCGUACUGAAGAUUCACGACGUUGCCUCCAGCUUCCGGGAGCUGGCGUGCGUCAAAGUAGGACCACUUGGUGCCGGCCAGCUGGCACUGCACGCCGAGUGUCUGGCCAACGUUCUGGCAACACUGUUGCGCAGUUUGCGGGUGUUUUCUCCCUAGUGGAACUGCGGGCUGGGCAGCAUCUGCGGCGGUUGUAAAUAGAAACUAGAAACUGUUGGAAGUUGUGUUGGUAUCUGUGAAUUAGGUUAAUUGUUAAACUAUGUUGGUAGAUUUUGGAAGCAAUUUGUUGGUGUACGUUGAACUUCUUAGAGAUUAAGUUUUCAGGCAUUUGUUAUUUAUUAGAGAUGAACACGUGUUGGAGCACGUAAUGACCUAUCAGUAGGAAGCGAUUCACGUGAUUGGCCAAAAUAGUGAAAAUGUAUUCAUACUUUCCCGGAGAUAUUGGAAAUCGAAGACAGGUUUCCAUCAAAAACAAAGUUUCGUUGCUUUCUAUGUCGUUGAAGGAACAGUUCUGUUAUACCAAAGAUUUGAAUCUUGUGGUUGUACGCCUUGGGAGUUUCGAUGCUGAGGACGUCCCACUUGCAAAUUUCAUAGCAGAAUUCCUUGACUGUCCCGCCGCUUUGUCAAAAUUACUGCUUUGAAAUUGUCUAGUAUUUUUCGAUUGGUCGAAAUUAGCUGAGAGACGAAAUCGGUCGGUGGCAUAACACUUCAGAACCACUUUGGAAUAGUGGCAGUUGACCAAAUCGUACCAAAAUGUGACUUAGUCCCUAUGCUCAAGGAUGAAUAUAGACUUAGGAUGUCAUAGUCGAGGAUAAGACGAUUGGUUCCGUUUUCAGUCUACAAAUAGUCGGCAAACACGAACUUGAAUCUUCCCGUUGUUCGAUUCCUAAGACUAGAGCCGUGCUAGCGGUCUAGGGUCUAGCCCAUUUUGUGUUUGUUAACAGACAAAAUACCUUUAACCUUUGUUUCUUUUUUUUUUUUUUUGAACUUGAAUAUAUGUGUUCAGGUGGAAUUUGUUUCAUAACUUACUCUACUUUAACAGUGCAAAUCUCAACUCUGGAACUUAUUAGAACAAAUUAAAGAUUUUCAGGAUCCAGUCGAUUUUCAGUCAUCAUUUUGCAGUCCCUUUAUACACCCGCACUUCUUCCUUGAUUAUGCAUAUCCAACGAAAGCGAGAUCUGUUCCGCAUUCAUCUACCUUUUCUAGGUUCUCUAAUCAACAUCACAUAGGCCACCCGCCUUUCUAGCAUUCUUGCUACGUGUUCAAUCGACUGUAAUGUAUCAACUUCAUCAACCUUCCGAUGUCAACAGUUUUCUAUAAUUGAAAUGCAGCUCGAAAACCAUGCGACAGCGCGACACUCAUUCUAUACUUCAACGCCGAGUAUUGAGCGCAAGAUUAUGGUCUCGAACACACCGAAUACUCGAAAAUCUUUCUCCUUCAAUUAUCAUUCAUUUAUUUAUUUGGGGAACAGGAAAAAACCCGAUGGAGAUAAAAUAUAGCAAUCUCUAUCUCUCCAGCAGGCAUAAAACCUCCUCAUCUUUUGUAUCAACAGAUUACAAUGAUCCGACAGAUACAUUUAUGUUUAAAACUAACAGUUAAAGCUUAAGUGAAUCAUUUUCGCGUUAGGGCACGAACAGUUCAGUGAUUUUUAAUGUUUUACAGAGAGCCUUGCACUGAAGAUCGCAUCGAAAAUUGAAUAUCCAACGACAAGUUGAAUUUUUGUUGAAUGUGCAAGCCUCACACUUCCCUUAUAUGAGCCGUACACCAGAGUGUACACUUCGGUUAAAACAUCUACGUCCACCGCAGAGAAUUUGAGAGCUCUUUGUGUUUCACUCUGGUGCGAUCUUGAGCUAUGUUCUUUUUAUGUUGUCAGAGUGGGAGAGAAAUUAAACUUGCUCUCUGACAUCUCUGACCAGCAAUGUGGAUAAGACUUGUAUCAUAAAUAAAAUAAACCUAGAUUUCCCAGUGUAAUAGUAAUGUAGUUGAGCAACCCGUGACACCAAAAGCGCCGUCUGGUGUAGAAUGGGUGCGUAAAUGCUCCUAAAAUGCAUGUACAAAGUUGCCUGCGCAUUUAACACAACCACAAUAGCUAAUGGAGAAAAGUUCACCCGUUUCUCACUAGAAGCGCUGUUAGUGUCUCCGUACAAUGGGAAAUCUAUGUUUAUUUGAUUUAUGCUUGUAUUUAACACAUGCUUAUAUGUUAUGACCUGGAAGGAUUCGUAGUGUCAAUAGAAUCGUAGCACCAGCCGUGCAAUCUCUGAAUCGGCUGCGAAGUCUGUUAAAACAGAAGGCCAAAUUCCACUACAGGAAUGUAAUACCAAGGCUUUGCUUUUUUAUGUUGAAAAGUAUCCUACUUUUGACAGCUUGGAUUGAAGUUGAAAAUGGAUGUUUGUGGUACUCAAAAAUGGGUUUUGAACUUUAACCGUGCAGGAAACGAGCAGUCGAGUAGGGCCGUGGACCACCUCGCGAAUUAUUUUUGUUUGAAAUUUGACAUUUCGAUAGUUAUUUUUUAUCGAGUAGUUAAAUUUAACUCAAACUUCCGGUCCAAUUCAAAGUUUGAAGUAUGGGAAAUUAUUUGGGCAUAUUUUCCACUGAAAAGAAAAUGAUGUCAUUGGGUAUAAUAAUCGCAACGUAAGAAGAACAUCGAAGAAGACUCACUUUGCUUGACAAUGUAUUAGAACUUUUUAUUGUGGUAUUUUCUAUUAUUUACUCAAAGCAUAAAAACAAAUUAAACACAUGCCAGAAUUUUUUUGCAAGAUUUUUUUCAGUAUCGGAAAGUAACUAUAUCGAACUGUCAAAAAUAACCAUACUUUCGAGCAGGUUUUUUUUUUUUGACAAUGACAAAAUAACUGCUCGAUUAUCAAGUUAGGUCAAAUAAGGCUAUGAACCAUUUCGCGGGUAGUUUUAACUUUUGGUUGAAAUCUGACACUCGAGCGGUUAUUUUGAUGUUGGCAAAAAUAACCCUGCUCGAAGGCAUUGUUAUUUUUCGACACUGGAAAAAAUCCUGCAAAGAAAAUUCUAAUAUCAAUUGUUUAGUUAAAUUUAUUUCCAAUGCAAAAUGAACCCAAAUAACUUUCCAUCCGUCAAACUUUGAAAUGAGCCGCAGUUUUAGUUAUAUUUAAAUACUCGACACAAAAUAACCACUCAAGUCUGAGAUUUUAACCAAAAGUUAAAAUUAACCGCGAAAUGGUUCACAGCCUAAAAGUUAAAAUAAUUCACGGGACAGUUCGAUUGUUGUUUCCCGACACAGAAAAAAUCUUGCAAAAAAGGUGAAUUGGUAAUGUCAGAGACAUAACUGAAUAACGUCAAUAGCGGCCCUUACACGAGAAUUAUUAAUGUCAUUUUUAAUGAUCACUAAGUAAUGAUAUUCCAAAUUUGCAUGGCGAACUCGUCAUUACUGCAUCUUACACGCUCAUAAAAAUGAUGUUAUUUUUUAGUGAUGACACUUUUAAUGAUCGUGUAAGGUCCGCUAAUACGAUAACCGAUUACGAUGACAAUAGAAAUUCAUACACGCUUAAAAAUAGUUACUCAAAAAUGAGUAAGAUUGCACUCUUUUACAGAAAAAGUGGAACAACUCUAAUUUAGAGCAACUUCUUAGUUACUCAUAUUUGAGUUCUUCCACUGCAAACGAUGUUUGGGUAAAAUUUACUCAUUUACUGAGUAAAUGUAGUAAAUUUAUUUGUACAUGAGCCAAAAAUUUAGUUAUUAGUACUCAAAUUUUGAGUGAAAUUUCAUUUUACAUGAUUAAAAUUUUCGUUAAAAUUUCUUCUUUUCUGAGGAUAUUGUAUUAAAAUAUUCGGCAAUUGACACUCAAUACUUAAAAUAACCCUACUGUGUUUAUUUAUUAUUCCGUUAAAAUUGAUUUCUAACUUCGAGACAUCAUAUCAAGUGGCGGUUGCAUGGAGUAGUGGGUCAAUAGUACCUUAACAAACAUUUUAAUAAUGCUUAUGCACCCAUCAGACACUUAUUCCUCAUAAAUAACACAUUUGAGCAUAUUCGUUUCCAUUCUGAAGCAUAAUCCUGGACACAAUCCCCCUAUUCUGUAUUUCGAUCGAAUCGGAUUUUGUCGAACGAAUGUAAAAAUUUGCAUUCUCUAAUUCGAUCGAGUGAUGCUUUUGUAUGGAAAACUCGAACUCGAUCGAGUUGCGGAAUGCCAAAUUUUGUAUUUGAUCGAAACAAUCCUAUUCGAACGAAAUACAGAAUCGGGGUGAAUAUCUGCGUCAAUGGCAUUAACAACAGCACAGUCUAUCAUCCCGUUUUUUACAGACACAAAACUGUUUGUGUUAAGCGAGUCACCCUUAAAAUACGCGAUCUCACUAACAAAAAAUAGCACUCGUUGCUACAAUGGUUAUUACGACGUUUAGAUUGAUUUCUCGAAUAGUAACAUAAAAACGGGUUCUUCCGUUAAACUCAAAUUUAGAGUAAGAUUUACUUAUUAUCAUUGAUGGUAAGUACUGAAUUUUUAACGUUUCCAUGUAUCAUUUGAAAAUGAGUAACUAGCACUCAAACUCUGAUUAACUUUUUAUAAGCGUGUACAUUUUGGCUGUCUAAGAAACUUGUCUUGGACAGCCAUGUAAAUGUGAUUGAAAAACGUGCUUAAUCCACCUAGCAGUGAGAUGAUACCUUUUUUUAUCAAUCCGCAUGUGUUUUUUGCAUGCAUAUUCUUCGGUGUUUCAGUUUUCAUGACAUAAUUUUAAUGACCGUCGUUUUAAGCGGCAAUUUGAGAUUUUAUUCACUCAUUACUCUGUAAUAUCGAAACUGAAAAUCGGAUCGAAUUUGAAUCUAAAAGUGUGACAAUCGAUUGAACGUUCCAUGAUAUGUCGAAGUAAGUUCCACUUAUGAUUUACGGUAAUUUAAGGUACUUCCAGGGCCGGUAUUCAGGAACCAGCAUAACCCAAACCGAUUCGUAUGGCCAUAUGACGAAUAAAUUGCAAUAGUUUUGAGUUAAACUUUUAAGCUUUUCGGGAUUGUCAUCUUCUAAAUCGCUUUGAAUUUUAAAAAUUCAUCAUCCUGUAAUUCCAGAAUCGGAAGUCAGAAUUGGAUAAUAUUAAUUAAUUUUGUCUUUGUAGAUCUGGCUUUUCUUUUAGAAAACGAUUGAGCUUUGAAAAACGAUUCAAUACUGGAACCGGAAUUCGAAAAUCGGUGUAGCAGAAGUCAGAUAAAUUCACCUGAGUAGCUGUUUAUUUUACAUUUGUUUCAAAAUGUUUGAAAAUCAGUAUAAACAUCUUUGAGAAAUCGUAGUGCGAAUUAAAUCCGAAUCGAAAACUGAGUACCACUAAAACUGAAAUAAGUUUAUUUGGUUAUCGGCUAUCCAAAUCAGCAAACCCGAUAAACCUGAUUAAUUUAUGUGAAAUAGACAUUUUUAUAUUUUUUUCUUUUUACGAUAUUCUCCUAACCAGAGACCUUUUUUUGUAGAAACAGACAAUAAAAAUUAUAGAAUGAUAGUACUCAAGGAAGAGCAAGGAUGUGAAAAUAUAGAACGGAAAGGUGAGACGUGACAGAGGGUCAUUUAAGCAAGCAGAAAUCUUCUAGUAACUUAACUUUUACCUUCUACCAGAGGAGUUGGGCUUAGGCAUCUGAACAAUGCGAAUCACCCAAGUCUCUGGUAUGUCGGAAAGUAGUGAUAAAGGUCUUUUACCAUUUGCUAUCCGAACCGGCAAAAGAAAAGUUACCAGAAGUUGUCACUUUCUACUUGCGACGGCAUUCUCACACACAAUGAGUUCUUCACUGCAUGGAUGUUUUUUCUUUAUCUCUAUACGGCUAGUUGAAUAUCGGAAUGGAAGGUUUGUUCGAACUAUUGCUUAUGUGCCCAGAGUCACAGCGUUUUGGCUGUUUAGCCUAGGUUGUAAGCGGCGUUCAGUAGCGCUCCAUUCAUCGCUACCCCGAUGGAAACCCAUCAUGUUAAUUUUUUUUCUGUAGUCAAUGGUAAAAGACCUUUAUCACUACUUUCCGACAUACCAGAGACUUGGGUGAUUCGCAUUGUUCAGAUGCCUAAGCCCAACUCCUCUGGUAGAAGGAAAAGUUAAGUUACUAGAAGAUUUCUGCUUGCUUAAAUGACCCUCUGUCACGUCUCACCUUUCCGUUCUAUAUUUUCACAUCCUUGUUCUCCCUUGAGUACUAUCAUUCUAUAAUUUUCAUUGUCUGUUUCUACAAAAAAAAAUGGUCACUGGUUAGGAGAAUAUCGCAAAAAAAAAAAAGAAAUAUUGACUACUAAACUUAGUCGUUAAAAAUGAAAAAGAGUAAAAGACAUUUUUAUACUAAUCAGCCUAUAUCUCCUAAACCGAAAGUUGGAUCUGACUGGAAAGCAAGAUGUUGUACAGGAUCCUAAAGCUUUUCAUUUGAAUUUGAGAUCGGUUCAGCCAUCUACGAGAAAAAUGGGUCCACAAUUUUAAUUUCGUUUCACAUAUCAUCCGGUGGUUCGGCAAUUAGAAGUCGGAUCCAAACGUAAUUCAGAAACCUUGUUUGGGAGCAUACGACUUUUCAUAUGAAUCUGAGUUUGUAGAAAACGGUUGAGUCAUCUCCGAAAAAAAUUGGGUGAAAUUAUUUGUCACACACGCAUUUGCCGAUCUCGACGAACUGAUUCGAAUGGUAUAUGGGUGUUAUGUUCUUCCAGCAUUUAUUGCUGUAAGUAGUUUAAAUCAAUAUAAUUAUGGAAUUGCUUUCAACUCGAAAAUUCUGCCAUCAUCGGGUUUACAUAUGGUAUAUUCGAACGAUUAUGUUGCCAAAAACGAACCGUGCUAAAAUCGGUCCGAGGCUAAAUGUCAUGAAAAAGGAUGCUGCACACAGUCUUUUUGGUACUUAGAAACAAUUGUAUGUAACAGUAUAAAAAUCGUGUUUUUUGUUGCUCCCAAGCAUUACUUUGUCAUACAGCGCUCAAAACUCCUACUGCUGGAAUAGGGGGAAAAGUCGUUUACACAAAAAUUUCGAUAUCUCCGUUAAAAAUGGACGGAUUUUAACAAUCUAUGGCUUGUUGGAUAGCUAUUACCGUGCAGAAUCUAAGUCUGGAAACAUAUUCUGUUUUCAAGGUCAAAUGUGACUGAUACUGACAAAAAACUGAAAAUUUUAACAUAAAACCUCGUAUAACCUCGUAAGUAAACAUCCGAUCUCAAAACCAUUCAAUAGCAUUCUGGGUGACGGGGAGACCUUUGAUUAGUUUGAUCAAAAUCGGUCCAGCCAUCUCUGAGAUUUCGACCUCUUAGUUGACAACACACACACACACACACACACACAUGGACAUUUGCUGAGUUCGUCGAGCUGAAUCGAUUGGUAUAUGACACUCGGCCCUCCGGGCCUCGGAAAAAUUUUCUAACUAAACUCUUACCUAAAUUCUUACCAGUCGCAACCGAAUUUUAGGUUGAAACCUACUCAUAAUCAAAAAAAGGAAAUCCGCAUAUGGUUUAUGUACCAGACUAACCUUAAUAUUUAGGUAAAUGGAAGGUUUCCAAAAGUGUUGCCAUUGCAACUUUGACAAUGCUGGCUACCUAUUUUUUACGAUCAAGUCAAAGUUUGGGUAAAUAAUGAUUCAGUUACUACCCAUUAUGAACUCAAAAAGAGUAAUCGGUUAUUUACCCAAAGUUUGGGUUUCGCCCGGGUUGACGGUUCAAUGCAUAAGGCGGUGGUCUUACAAGCCAGUGGUCGUAUGUUCGAGUCCCUACCUGGAAGGAUUCUUAGUGUCAGUAUGAUCGUAGUACUAGACAUGCAAUGGCCCUGUACGCUAUAAAUCGACUGUGAAGUCAGUUGAAACAGAAAGGCCAAAUUUCGCAAAAAGAAAUGUAAUGCCAAGACUUUGCUUUUUUUUGGGUGGUACCCACAUAGUUUUUCCUGCCUAAUUUUGGAUAAUUCAUAGAAAAGCUCGACAAUAAGCGAUUUCUCCCAAACAGAACUCCUAAAAGUCUGUUUUCAGUGCUCCACACUUUCCCCGGCUAUUGUUUUGUGGCUGCUCACAUUGAGUCCCGUUCGUAGAAGUUAUCGACAUUUUUGUACACCACGAAUCGCUGUGGUCUCUUCACAACAUAGUUUUAGAAGUCGUUAUAUUUUUGGAAUAAUGAAUCACCCGAGGGGCGAAUGACCACAUGAUUAAAAACCAUUUCAAAUAUUUUCUUAAUUUGACGUUAAAUAAAAUUCGAAAAAAGGUGUGAUAUCUGUUGUCACUGUUGUUCGGCCAAACACGUGGAUUAGCAUUAAUAUGAAAGUAAGAUAUGUUCAUUUAGGUAUAUUUUGAAAACAUUGUAUUCUAGAUCAAUUAUCUUAUAACAAUAAUUAACAACCCGAUCGUUGAUGUUAUCUAAUCAGAAUUUCGAUUAGCAUAUGUGUAGUUAAGAAACAAACAUUGUUAGCUUUAAUAUCCUUGUGAAAUAGGACGGAAACAUAAAAAUCACACAAACUAUAACAAUAUCAUGAUAGGUGUGGGGCUAUCGAAAGAUUGAAAAUGACAUAUUUUUCGAAUGGCAAAUCAAUCAAAUCAAAUUGACCGAACCAAAUACCAACCAGAAAUCGAACCAAUCAGAGCCGAAAUUGAUCAGCUCCAGUACGUGUAUGAAUAGGAUGACUAGCCCGACUACUAUCCUGAACUAGUUUAGGAACAAUUUAUGUUAUACUAAUAAGUAAAAUAUGACUAAUAAAUCGAUUGAUGUGAGAAAGAAUCACUGCUCGCACGCAUGCCGCAGUUCAGUAAUCGAACGCAAAACCCCGAUUACCGGCUGCUGAUCCAGCAUAAUGUGGAAUUAAUCUCCAAUAAUUCUACAUUAAAGGCCCAACCCGACACGGAUUGCGGUUAAUCAUAUCGAGUGAACGAUGCGAUCGCACUGCUUGCUAUACGGGCAAUAAUUUAUUGACAAGUACGAACGCCGGAACUCGCGACCGACCGACAACAUUGGCUACCAAAUGUCUGUUCGAUGUGUGACAAUAUUGCAACUGAUGAUGAUAGUUUUAUAAGCUACCGCAUAUAACCCGUAUUUAUUAGCGCGACAUAAAUUAGCCUAAUCAGUAAUACAUUAAGCGCAGAUACUGUUUUAUAAUUAGCGUAGAGCAGGAUUACGUUUUGAAUGAUUAAUCCCUAAGUUGUAGUACAGCAAAAAAAACAAAGCUCUUUGGGCCAUAUCACUAAAUAGUAUACCAAAUUCAUAUCCACCAAAAAAAAUAUAUCAAAUAAAAUUUCCCAUUCCUGCACGUUUUUCUACCAUUUCCCCACUCCUUAACCUUAUUGAGUGUCAUAUCUACAAAAAAAAAACACAGGUACAUAUGCUAAAAACAAUCAACGUGUUUUUAGAACAUUUUAAGAAUUCUGCGUGUGUCAUUUUACCUAGCUUAAGUUGAUUCGUUUUUUUAUUUAGUAUUACAAUUGCCUGUUAUUUUACUUUACAAGUUUAUCAAUGUUGUUUUUACUUUACUGGAAAAAUCGAAUCACUCAACGUUUUUCACUCGUUCCAAGUUAAACAAAAAAACCGAUAUGAGUUCAGCUAGUCACGAAUUUCAAUGAACCAAGACAGUCAUUUUUUUUUGUUUUGUUUUGUUUUCGCUUCACAUUCUCAACAUCACAUCAUUCCAGAUAAAUUUGAACGAUUUCUCAACUGAAUGUAAUUUUUUGUUCGAUAUUUUCUUAUGUUAAAUAACUGUAAACUAUGCAGCUGAGCGCGCUAUCAUAAUCACAGACUAAACUGGAGGCAAUGAGCAGAUUGCAUGUUACUAGAUAUCCCAUAUUCCGUGACCAAAAUUGAGAACACGGGAGACAAACGAACUGUCGAAUCUGUUGCAUAUGUGCAUAACUAAUCACAAAUCAUCUAGCCGAAAUGGAAUAUUAAACAUACCGGAAGGGCGAAUGUUUCAGUUCAAUGAAAUCAUCUAAUCUAGAAGCAUACAUACACUACCUUGUACUACUACAACAAACAAAAAAACAACAACAACAACAAACAUGUUGGCGAUAUUCGUGUGAAAUGGAUGAAAUCCUCAUAUCCCUUCCCCCUUAACCUAAAACUGAUGUAAAACUCAUACAUAUGAAUCGGCAAGUAGAUAAGCAUAACUAAUAAAAUUAGUUAACAUUA